GUUUACACUACAGUGGUUUACACUGUUUACACCAAGCAACGAGGGUCUAAAGCACUGAAUACUAGUAAAGUCCCUAGAUGUUUUUUCAUACUAGGGUCCCUCCUAACACGGUGCGACAGUGCCUCCUAAGGCUGAUCGUGGGCUAGUCAUUCCUCGGCGGCCACGGUGUCGGCGGCGUAGUGUGCUUGCUCGCCUUUUUCGUGGUGUGGUUGGAGUGGUGGUGUGGUGCAAGCGGUGCAUGUGUGGCGGUGGUGUGUGGCCAGUGGCUGGCCUCGUGUUUUGCACCCUAAACACGGCUCUGAAUCACAGGUGCCACCAUCGUGCACGAAGGUGAUGGGAAAGAAGUGCUUCGUUCCCAACUGCAACUCGGGGUACCGGAACUGUGCAGAGCGAGUGCCCUUGUUUAAAGCUCCAUCGAAUGACGCUCGCCUGGAGCAGUGGCGUCGUGCAAUCGCGAGGGCCGAUCGCAGGUUACUACCUAGUCAUCAUGUUUGUGCCAAGCAUUUCCCCGACGAACUGGUAUCGAAAACGUAUCAUGCGGAGCUCGGGGGGAGAGUUCUCCUCCAUGCUCCAAAGAAGGCCGUGCUAUCUGUAGACGCUGUUCCGAGCAUUUUCCCUGACUGCCCGAAGUACCUUGCAGGUUACAAAAAACCCAGAAAUCCGCCUCGAAAGAGAAAGCAUGCUGAGACUAGCGACCGUAAACGACGUCAGCCGAAGACAUCUGUCGCUGAAGCGCCCCUGCAUUCUGUCCAAUCUUCCGAGCUUGCUAUUUCGCCGUCAUCGAAGCCGUUUAAAAGACGUACUAAUUCCUCCGGCGUUGCACCGCCCGUCAUACCGUCGGUGCCACUCACGAAUGAGGGACAAGACCCGUCUGUUACCGUGGAAGCUGGCAACAGCUCUUCGGGGGAAACAAGCUCCUCCGGUGCAACUCAUUCAAGUGACACAAAGGGAAUUUUAUGCCCAGAUCAGUUCCAGAUAGCCCUGAGGAGGUCAGACGAGGAAACGGAGGGGAAUGCCAAUGAUGUGCAGGGCGAUUCUGACACACAAGAAAGCGAAUCCAUACUGCCGGACGAUGGACCGGGAUGGGGCAGUUCCAGUGGCAACAGUCUGACGCAUGCUGCUACUAUCAAGACAGAGCCGCCAGAUCCGACAGAAGUCCAGACCGAGGACGUUUCCACGGGAACAGCUUGCGCCGCGCCGAGCUUCGCACUCCUGCCGCUGCUUCACCCAGCGGUGCAGCAGUCAUCAGCGAGCCAGGGCGGUCAGCACAGCGCACCGCCGCACUCCCUACCGGCGCUUGGGCCGCUUCUGCCCCUCUCGGCGUCAAGGAACAUGGCGGCACCCGAAGCUUCUAUAUCGUCUGCACCCGCAGCCUUGGCAGUAGCGAAACGGGGCCGUCCACGCCAGUACACAGCAGUCGAACUAAGGGAGCGGAAUAACGCAGCAAGACGAGCGAAGAGGCUGGCAGCGAGAGCGAAGAGGCAGGCAGAUAAAUUAGCUAUCGUUCUCAAGUCUUUGAAUGCACGGCGGGCAAAACGAGCAGCAGCACAACGCGCUAGGAGACAGAACGAGGCCUUUCGAAAGCGUGAGAAGGAAGCGGCUCGCGAAUCGGAGCAUCUCGAGCGGCAAGAAGCAUCUAUAUCGUCGGUGGCCGCAACUUCGGCAGUAGUAAAACCUUCCCGUCCACGCAAAUACAGCGCAGAAGAACUAAGGGAGCGGAAAAGUGCAUUACAACGAGCAAGGAGGCAGGCAGCGAGACUCCCCAAGGUUGUCAAGUCUCCCGAUACACGGCGGGCGGAACGAGCAGCGGCGCAACGUGCUAGGAGACAGAAGGCAGAGCGUCUCAAGCUGCAAAAAGCAUCUAUGUCGUCGGUGGCCACAACCUCUGCAGUAGCAAAACAUGUGCAGGGCGAUUCUGACAUUCAAGAAAGCGGAUCUACACUGCCGGACGAUGGACCAGGGUGGGGCAGUUCCAGUGACAACAGUCUGAUGCGAGCUGUUACUAUCAAAACAGAACCACCAGAAUAUGCUGAACAGGAUGAAGAGCCUAGCAGUUAUCUUGUGUCUGUUAAAUCAGAGCCAGGAUGUUACGAGGAAGUUCGGGAGCCUAACAGCCUAGUUCCAACUUUUACGAAAGAUUACGCGGACGUGACAAAGGUCACCUUCCACCUCAAUGCAGAGCCACAGAUUUCCGAAGAGACUCUACGACAGCACAACAUGGCAGUGGCUGUUAAGAUUGAGCCGCCAGAUCCGCCAGAAGUCCACAGCAAGGCAGUUUCCAUGGGAACAGUAUGCACCGUGCCGAGCCUCGCAGUCCCGUCGCUGCCUCACCCAGCGGCGCGGCAGUCACCCGCAAGCCAGGGCGGUCCGCACGGUGUAUCGCCGCACUCACUGCCGGCACCGCGGCACCUUCUGCUCCUCUCGGCACCAAGGAACAUGGCGACGUCUGAGGCAUCUAUAUCGGCGGUGGCCGCAACCUCGGAAAUAGUGAAACGUGGCCGUGGCCGUCCACGCCAGUACACCGCAGACGAACUAAGGGAGCGACUGAAUGCAGCAAAACGAGCGAAGAGGAAGGCAGCAAAAUCCACCAUCGUCGGCAAGUCUCCGAAAACACGGUGCAAGUCUCCGAACACACGGCGGGCGGAACGAGCAGCAGCGCAACGUGCUAGGAGACAGAAUGAAGCCAUUCGAAAGCGGGAGAGGGAAAUGGAUCGCAAAGCAAAGCGUCUCAAGCGGCAAAAAGCAUAUAUAUCGUCGGUGGCCGCAACCUCAGCACAUGUGAAACAUGUGCAGGGCCAUUCUGUCACCCAGGAAAGUGAAUCCAUACUACCGAACGAUGAACGAGGGUGGGGCAGUUCCUGUGACAGCAGUCUGACGCGAGCUGUUACUAUCAAGACAGAACCACCAGAAUAUGUUGAACAGGACAAAGAGCCUAGCAGCCAUCUUGUGUCUGUUAAAUCAGAGCCAGGAUGUUACGAGGAAGUUCGGGAGCCUAACAGCCUAGUUCCAACUUUUACGAAAGAUUACACGGACAUGACAAAGGUCACCUUCCAUUUCAAUGCAGAGCCACAGGUUUCCGAAGAGACUCGACGACGGCACAACACGGCAGUGUUCGUUGAGAUUGAGGCGCCAGAUUUGACAGAAGUCCACACCAAGGCAAUUUCCAAGGGGUCAGGGUUGGAUGGUUCCAGCAGCAACACUGCGACGACGGCUGUUACUAUCAAGACGGAGCCAGAAUAUUACAAGGAAGUUUGGGAACCUGGGAACCUAGUGCCAGCUCUUACGAAUGGUGAACCACCAGAUCACAGGGACGUGACAAAGGUUACGUUCCACACGAAUCCAGAGCCGCAGGUUUCCAAAGGGGCCCAACAACGUAACAAUGCAGCGGUGGCCAUCAAGACUGAGCCUCAGGAUCCGACGGGAUUCGACGCUCCGGCGAUUUUUCUGGGGGCAGGUCCGGCUGCGGCAGCUCCAAAAGAGUUCCAGCAAGAUCUAGUCCCCACAAAUUCCAUUGGCUCGUACACCGUCAUGGCUCGGCCACUGCAGUGGGUCCCCACCUCCAUCCGUGACGAAGCGCAGCCACAGGCAAACGUCGUUUACUUCCACAACGUGGAACGGCACGGCAUUGCAAUGCAGCCCUUGGUGGCAACACUUUGA